AAAGGCCUUAGUCCAGGAUCUUUCUGAGGGGGAGCUAUAGCCUGGUACAACAACAGGGUUCAUAGCUUGGGCCACACGGUUUAGAGGAUUGUGCAGUGCCUGCCGGUGAAUAGGAACAUGCCCCCUGCAGCAGCAAACAAACUAGGCUACAAGCCACCAGAUGGAGGCUGGGGCUGGGCUGUCGUCUUCGGCGCUUUCAUCUCCAUAGGAUUCUCCUAUGCCUUUCCCAAGUCCCUCACCAUCUAUUUUAAGGAGAUUCAGGAAUAUUUUUCAGUUUCCUACAGUCAAAUUGCCUGGGUGUCCUCAGUCAUGCUCGCUUCUAUGUACGCAGGAGGACCUGUGAGCAGUAUACUUGUCAAUCGCUAUGGCAGCAGACCUGUGGUUAUGGUUGGUGGGGUCAUGGUUAGCACAGCCAUGGUGCUUGCUUCGUUUGGCAAAACUAUCAUACAUCUGUAUCUUUGUGUUGGAGUAAUUGGAGGUUUUGGCCUUGCCUUCAACCUACAGCCCUCCCUGACGAUCAUAGGUACCUACUUCCAGGUCAAAAGGCCACUGGCGAAUGGGCUUGCUAUGACAGGAAGUCCAGUUGUUCUCUGCACUCUGGCUCCUCUCAACCAGUUUCUGUUUGAUUCUUUUGGAUGGAGGGGGAGCUUCCUCAUCCUUGGAUCCAUUGUCUUGAACUGCUGUGUAGCUGGUUCUUUGAUGAGACCAGUCAACAAAAAUGCACAACAGAAACCAAAGACUGAACAACCAGAGUGUAACGGAGCAGCCGCUGAGGAAGCUGCAACUGUGGACACCAGUGCACAGUCAGAUAACCUCACUGAAGAAAAACAAAAUGAGAGCAUGACUCAGGGCUGUGUGCACAAAUUCAUAGAUCUCUCACUUUUCAGACACCGGGGAUUCCUCAUUUAUCUCAUUGGUAAUGUGGUCAUGUUCUUUGGCUUUUUCGCGCCUGUGGUUUUUCUGGCUCCCUAUGCAAAACAUCAAGGGAUUGAUGAAUAUUCAGCAGCUUUCUUGCUCUCUAUUUUUGCUCUGGUGGAUAUGUUUAUCAGACCAGCAACUGGCCUCAUAGGGAACACCAGGUGGAUAAGGCCACGGAUCCAGUACUUUUUCAGUUUUGCAGUAUCAUAUAAUGGUGUGUGCCACCUUUUAUGCCCACUGGCAUCUGGAUAUUGGGGUUUGGUUAUUUAUGCUGUCUUCUUCGGUUUGGCUUUUGGGAUGGUUUCUGCACUUCUCUUUGAAGUUCUAAUGGACCUCGUCGGAGCUCAUCGCUUCUCCAGUGCAGUUGGACUUGUCACCAUUAUCGAAUGUGGACCAGUGCUUCUUGGACCUCCAAUUUCAGGAGCUCUGGUUGAUGCUUUUGGAGAUUACAAAUACAUGUACUAUGCAUGCGGAGUGUUUAUGCUGGUGCCCGGCAUAUUUUUCUUCAUCAUGCAUUACUACAACUACAAGAAACUGGACGAGGAGCGGAGUCAGAAUGUGGCUGUGGAGAUGAGGACUUGUGAAGAGGCAGUACAACUUAAAGCAAGCCAGGAUGAUAAAAUAACACAUGAAACAGAUGGAUGAACCUGCUGACUAUGAUUUUAUUUUAGCAGAUGUUGAAAUAUGACACUACAGAGGCUUUACAGUGGGACAUUCAGUGUAUAGAGUGUUUUUUUACUUUGGAUGAGGUUGUUGGACUCUUUGGACCUUUGUUAAAUAUCUGCAGAUCAACAUUUGGUGUUUUAAUGGUUAUUUUAUGUAUGUUAUUAUUAUCACCUUAUGUGACAACUGUAGCUCUAAUGACCUUUGUUCAUCAAUUAUCAAGAAAUGCUGCCGUUCAUUCCACUUCAAUUAUCGUAAUGGCUCUAUAAACUAAUAUGGUUCCUCUUUGUUUCUCCAGUGGCUGAAUAAAAAGUAAUUUUCCUGUGGGACUGAUAUAAAAUAAGGAGUCAAAACCCACAACACAAAGCAUGAGACUGUUUAUUAUCAUCUUCUUACCACUAGGUGGCACUGGACACCAUCAUGUGACAACUCAUACAUCCCUCCUAUUAAACUGCAAUUGAACAAUA